CAAUUUGAAACUUAUUUCAACCGCAGAAGCGACUGUUGUGAAAGCGAUAAAAGCUCCUACCUCGAAAAUCUCCGCAGCUUUGUAUAAUUUUUAUAGUUAUAGCUUUCUUCUCAAGAUGAUCGAACUGCUGAGAACAUUGAAGAAUUUCCUUCAUUCUUCCUCUGGAAAAAUGCCAUCUGUUUACCACGAACAUUGUGGCAAACCUGGACCGAAAAGCAACGAUUAUGUUCCUCCGCCUGAAGCGAGAUAUUUCAAGUCUCGGAGUGCUCCGAAUUCCCCUUUAAUGGGAGAACGGAGAUCCGCUACCCCCAGGGACUCCCCGCGUCUUGCUCGAGAAGUACAUCGACUUUCUGAGAAAGUGUCGCAAGUGAAAAGCCCGAGGUCCCCCAGAGUGGGACGAAGUAAAUCUUUCAACUCUAAAGCGGAACAGAGGAACUCUCUGGGAAAAGUCUGGCAUCCUGGCUGUUUGCGAUGCGAAGAAUGCGGUAAACGAUUAAACCCUGGCCAACAUUCAGAGCACAGAGGAAUUCCCUAUUGUAAUAUUCCAUGCUACAGUUUGUUAUUUGGCCCAGGUGGAUAUGGCCGAGGAGGAACAGAAUCAUAUCAAUAUUUAGCAGAUGAUAAGCUUACACCAGCUGAAUUGGAUGCCAUUAGGAAUGAAAUUAUUCCAAAGCUGAAGGAGUAUAAUACAUUUUUUGAGUCACGUAAAGCUCUACAGUUAACAAGCAAAGAGCUCAGUGGCAGACUCAUACUCGAGGGGGUACUCAAGAUUUACUGGGGUUUGAAGGUGCCUGUUACACUUGCAAGUCACAACUUGUCAUAUUGGAGGAGACGCUCACAGAAAGAACAGAAUGGUUACAGAGGAUCGGCUGUUAACAGAGUUAAAGAUGGAAUUAGACCAAGGACAAGUAGUUUAGAGAAGAUUCUAGCCAGGCGCCGGUCCAUUAAUAACAAAAAUAUUCCAGAUGCAGGAGAUCAGAAAACUAUUCUUGAUUUCACAGUUCAGUCCCCAGAAGGUCACACAACAUUUAUUCCUCCUUAUGGGACUUCAACAAAUUUGCGUGUGACAAGCAGAACCAAAACAAGAGAAGUUAUAAAAAUGCUGAUGACUAAAUUCCAGAUCACUGAUGCACCUCAGAAAUUUAAUCUCUAUGCUGUAUAUGACAAUGGGUCAAUUAGACAACUUCAAAAGGAAGAAUUUCCUCUAUACUGUCGCCUUUUGUUGGGGCCCAGUGAGGAGGCAGCUAAGAUAUUUGUUAUGGAGGCUGAUGAUACUAAUAAUAUAUCUCAUGAGAUUUUCUGAGGUGUUUUCAGUUGUUUUAUAGUUAAUAAUUUUCAUUGACAAAUUUGAUUGCUCUGUUUUCCACCCUUACACAGUUUUCACUCAGAAUAAUGUAUCAAAUUUAGCCUUUAUACGAGUAGUUCAGAAAUUAAACCCUGUUGAGAAAACUAGCCAAAAAUACCUCUAGUGGAAUUGAGAAAUUCUAAGUCCUACAUCCCACAUCUACCAGUUAAUCACUUCUGGGAGUUAAAGGAUAAAUUGUUCUUGAAGAGACCUAAAUGGUAGUUCUGAGGUGGUAUAAUGAGGUGACAUGAGUGGCAUGAAGGGGCCUGGUAGCCAAAUUAAUGAUGUAAUAGCCUCCCCUGGUGUGCCAGCUUGGAUUGAGGUCUGCAUUCUCUUCUGUUGUUAGUGAACAAACUUUUUUAACCCAGAGUAUGUAUUCCUGGCCAACUGUCUGGAAAAAUUAAAUAUCAGUGCUUAAAAGUAAUUGAAAAUCUUUUAACUCUCAGACCAAGUGCACCAUACUGGACACUGUUUUGACAGAUUGAGGGUUGAACUUAAGUUGAGUUGAAAAAGGAAUUAAACCAAUUUUAUUUUGGAUCA